UCCUUCACUCUGUGUCUAUGCUUCUGCCUUGUUUCUUCCAGGUAUAAGUGCAAUGGAGUGGAGCACCGGCAUCUGUGAUUGCUGCACUGAUAUGAGGGCCUGUUGCUAUGGAUAUUGGUGUUUCCCCUGCAUGAAGUGUGAGACAGCCAGUAAAAAUGGAUGGUGCUUCGCACUGCCACUCCUGGACAUUUGCUGUGUGGUGUCCUGCUUACUCCGUCAGUCCAUCAGGGAGCGCUACAACAUUGUUGGCUCGUUCGUUAAUGACGCCAGCAACGUAAUUUUCUGUCACCCUUGCGCCUGGUGCCAGAUGUAUCGUGAGCUGAACAUCAGGGAAAACCAGCAGCCUGCUAACUCAUCAGUGGUCACCACUCAGGUGGUCCGUGGAUAAGAUACAACCACUUUUGAUCUUCAGAACCUGUUGUGCUUUGGGGUUUUGUUUAGUUUUUUGCAUUUUGUAAUCAUAAAGCACGUAAGAAAGGAUUAGUUCAGUUUGCCAAAGACAAUCAAGUAGCAUAGCGUCCUAUCUGCUGUCAUUUUCAGAGCCCUGCACAGCUCAUUACUACAGUGUAGUCAUUAGCUCUGACCAUCAUGAAGUGUG